AACCUCGAAUAAAGUUUGAAAUACUCUCUGAUGGAGAAACUGAGGUAAUUACGGAUUUAGAGGUGAUUUUUAAUCGUUUCGAGGAGAUAGAAUGGAAGGAGAAUCAAGUGAUUGCUCGGUGACGUGUGAUAAUGAUCCCACGGACAAGGAUUUUGAAAUGAAUGAGUUUAAAACCCAAAGUGGAGAGUCUGAUGAUGACAACAGUCAACACGAAAAGGUGGAGGGAGAGAAUGCCGAGGAAGACGACGAGGAGAACGAAACAGUUUAUCCCGGAGGGCACAAAUUAAAUAAAAAAUAUACCUGCAUUCGGUAUCCUGGGAAUGUUAUUAAUGUAGACAAGGCUAUGGAGACACUUGGAGGGCUCUCGGGUAUUUCCACCGCAGUGACAACAUCGAACCGACGCCUGGAGCUUCGAUUCCGUCCUUCAGAUGGGUUUUGUAAGCCAGCCUGUGGGGAUCGCCACCAGGUUUCAGGUUUUCUCCUGAGAAUUCGCGUGAAAAAAUCAAGAGUUGAUAAUGUAACGGGGGAAAAUCAGGAGAAAGCUUCUCAAGCCUGGAGAAACCACGCAUCAGCGAUGCCCAAGGACAUCACGAGGCUCGAGGAUUCAAUUGAAGACAUCACAAAGGACCUUCGGAGCUCCUCCAUUGAUCCCGGAGAAUCCAAUCCUAGAAAUAACUGUAGGAUUGAUAAAUCCAAAUACGAGGAUCUCUCUGGGAACCAAAAUUACCGUCUCCCGAAGCUGAAGAUUAUGGGGAGAGUGGAUACAGAGUUCAGGUUCACCAGUCUCUGUGACUUUCAGUACCUGCCAGUAGCCAGAAGUACGAGGGAUUCUGGAAGGAACGAGUCUAUCUAUGAGAGCAUUCAUCCUGUAGGAAUUCCUCCGUACAAGUGGUUGGAGAAGAAAGUUCCUUAUUUUUUUCCACCGGCUGCUUUCAGCAGAAUGGACAACGUUCAGCAGUUACCAUUGAAGGCUGAGACCAAAGAACCUGGGCAAGAAAAUAUCAUUGGAAAAACGAGAAAGCGUCGAGCGGGUCUAGCCAACUUCAUUCACUUCGUGACCGCAACAAUUCCUACGCACCCUCCCAAAGGUAUCGAGAUAGCGAUGAAGGUGAAGUUUCUGAACGACAAUCACCUGGAGACGAUGAGAGCCCUCUUCGAGGAGAGGCCGAUUUGGUCGAGGAAUGCAAUUCUCUACAAAACUAAUUACACAAAUGAACAAUUAAAAAUUCUGCUGCCAUCGUACGCGUACUAUUUUCUUAGUGGACCUUGGAGGAUCAUGUGGAUUAAAUUGGGAUACGAUCCGAGGAAAGAUCCCACUGCGAGAAAAUAUCAGACCCUGGAUUAUCGACUCAAGUCAAUGCACGGGCUCGAGCAGAAUAUCAAGGGUAAAAAACGCAAUAUGAGCUACAGUCUGCCUUACAAAGCUGCUAAUCCUGCUAGACCCAAGCCUGCUGUCCUGGGGACUAUGGAGCUGGAGGAGGAAGUGGCCAAGGAAGAGACCAAGAACGAUAAUGUUUACAUUUACCGUGAGGGAACUAUCCCACCGUCGAGGCAGAUGUUUUAUCAGUACUGCGAUGUUUACUGCGAAGAAAUACAGGCUAUGCUAAAUAAACUACCAGACCCAUCACCAGGUAGCAAAUGUCAUGAGAAAAGAGGAUGGCUUCCAAGUGGAUUUGGGGACCAGUGCAGGGAGAUAAUAAAUCGACAAGUGAAAACUCUUCUGAGAAAGAAAAUGAACAUUCCUGAAGACCAUCCAACAACUCUUCCCAGAAAACGAAGAAGCAGAUUGAGCAUGAAACUACCUUUCAGCAGAGGCGAUAAACGACGAAAAUUGGUGGCGAGCAAGACAAUAGAAAAGAAACGAUCCAGCAAUUCCUCAAAUGAAUCUGACCCAGACUGGCAAGACACUUGAUCAACGAAGCCACCAAUAAACAUUCGACACAUUCAAUUAAUAUAUUAUU